AUGUUCUUCUCUUUCGCCCCUCGCCGCUUUGCAACCAUGGCCGUCAGCCGAGGCUUUCCCGUCACCACCGCGACGAAGGUCCCCUGUGUUGCAUUCAGCACUCAGACUCAUGCACAAGUGGAGGCUCUCGAGGAAUCUCUCAAGAAGAUGCAGUGGUCGGAUGUCAAGGACAAUGUCAAGGUGAUCCGUCAGCUCAUGAACGAAGUCAAGACGAACCAUGCCCUCAACAAGCCUGGACCUGACUUUGAAGGAUAUGUCGCUGAUUCCAUGGCAGACAUCCAGAAGAUGAUUGGUGGUUCGGCGGCGCCCAGUAAGGACGAGAUUGCGGCCCGUGUCUUUGGUCUCAAGGGGGAGGUCAAGGGCAAGCUCUACUAUGCGUAA